AUGUAUGCUGAUGCGCGGAUCAUUCCUCACUUGCGGAAGGUUGGGAUUGUAUGCGGGAAUCAAUUUCCCAAUCUGAGAAAGGCGAUUGUCGGGUUCUGCGCCGAGUCAACGGAGAAGGAUGUUCAAUUCGAAAUUCCUGGACUGGAGUUGUUGGUGCUGUAUCAAACUUCAGAGGAACGAGAAGCCUACGACUACGGCCGAGAGCCGUAUUCGUGGGUCAGGUCUCAGGUCUUUAGGGACUGA